AUGGACUGGUACGAGCCUGGCGAGGACACGUACACUCUGAUGGAUGCCCUGGAGAGAGAAGGACUAGAGAUGAAAAUUGUUUUAGAUCUCGGGACCUCUACAGGUGUGAUAACAGAGCAGCUAAGGAAGAGAAACACCGUUGUGUCGACCGACCUCAACAUCAGAGCACUUGAAAGCCAUAGGGGAGGGAACCUUGUGAGGGCUGAUCUGCUGUGCAGCAUCAACCAGGAGUCCGUGGAUGUCGUUGUGUUCAAUCCACCGUAUGUGCCAGAUACAGAUGAUCCCAUCAUAGGGGGAGGAUACUUGGGAAGAGAGGUUAUCGACAGGUUUGUCGACGCUGUCACUGUUGGGAUGCUCUAUCUUCUUGUGAUAGAGGCAAACAGGCCUAAGGAGGUGCUUGCACGGCUUGAAGAAAGGGGGUAUGGAACAAGAAUUCUCAAGGUAAGGAAGAUUCUGGGCGAGACGGUUUAUAUCAUCAAGGGUGAAAAGAGUUGA